GCUGAAACUGAACUGCAGAGAGCUUCACUGGAUGCAACUCGAACAACUCGGCAAUUAGAGGAAACCAUUGAUAAUUUUGAGAAACGGAAAAUAAAGGACAUAAAAAACAUAUUUUCUGAAUUUAUAACUAUUGAAAUGUUAUUCCAUGGGAAAGCUUUAGAGAUAUAUACUGCUGCCUACCAAAAUAUCCAAAAUAUUGAUGAAAAUGAAGAUUUAGAGGUUUUUCGGAGCUCACUUCAUCCGCCAGACUAUCAAUCUCGCUUAGACAUAGUUCGUGCAAAUUCAAAGUCCCCCGUGCAAAGAACUGGCUCCUUAAAAUCUUCAUUGAGGACAGUACAGAUUUCCAGCAGUAUGCUAAGAAAAGAUGACGAUGAUGAUGAGGAAGAGGAGGAUGAAGAUGAGGAGGAGGAAGAUGAAGAUGAGGAUGAGGAAUUAGAUGCUACUAAGGAAGUGAGAUAA